CUUGCUCUGCUCCGAGUCGCGAAGGUCACUGGUGGUGCUGCUAACAAACUCUCUAAGAUCAAGGUGGUUAGGGUCUCAAUCGCCCAGGUCUUGACUGUGAUAUCGCAGAAGCAAAAAGCGGCUCUGAGGGAAGCAUACAAGAAGAAGAAGUUCCUUCCACUUGAUCUUCGUCCGAAGAAAACCAGAGCCAUUAGAAGACGCUUGACUAAACACCAGGAAUCCUUAAAAACACCUCGGGAAGAGAAGCAACAGAGGUACUUCCCAAUGAGGAAAUAUGCCAUCAAAGUGUAGGGUUGAGUGAAUUCAGAGACGUAAAUUUUGUGACUUCUUGCUUUGAAGGAUACAAUUUUGGAAGAUUUUUCUACUUUAGAUUUUAUUAAAGAAGCAUUUUUUUUUUUGGGAUGCAUUUUAGCAUUUAUAAUUUCUUUUAAACUGGAGGUUCGGUUUGGCAGUGGCCCUUUUUUAUUUGUGGUUGAGGUGAUAUUAAAGUAUCCUAUUUGUUAGGAAAGAAUGUUUAAAUAUCCUACUUGAAAUUCACUUUCCUGCCA